AUGAGCCGCGUUGGGCCCCGGGCGUGUACGGACAGCGUACGCCUCGCCGGGCCAGUGCUCCCGACGCUCGUCGUGACCACGCGCCAGCGCCUUGUCGUGGGCGCGAGUCUUGUUUACGUCGCUGCGUCACUCGCCGCCGGCGUCCGGUACCUGCAGUUGCUGCAACCCAGCUUCGCCAACGACCUCUGGUGGGCCGGCUACAACGUCUCGGGCCACCAAGCCUUCCUCAUCGACCUCGUCAACCAGUUCCUCGUGACACAAUCCAAUGGCGCGCUGGAUAUCCUCGCGUCAUCGUCGGUUGUGGCCAAGACGUACACCAGUGUCGAGUCCAACACGAGCAUCUACCCCUCGUACAUACGACGCAUGCUCCUCGGCGAACUCACGUCCAUCGAGUACGCUGUGCCGCAUCUCCGGAAGCUCAGCACCUACUGGUGCAUGCGCAUGAACGUGCAGCACUGCUGGGUUGACUUUAACAAAACGUUCGAGAUGGCCCACACGCUUCUUCGGCAAGAACGCUGUGAGCGCAACUAUCGAGCCAACGCUGCCGUGUACCUCGAAGCGAUCCUGCGCAACCAGCCAUGGGACGCGUACCUGGCGCUCUGGGGAGGCAAUGGGCUUCGCUUCAACAUGGCGACGGCGGCCAACACAACGUCGGUGGCCGACGAGCUCGCCUACUGGCGGUCACACAAGUUUUCUCGCUUUGAGCUGCAGUGGCAGAGGAUGCAGCAGAGCUACACCCUGAAAGCACUCGACCAAGUCACGGGUCCAUGGUCGUCCCAAAGUCUUUUCUGGAUGCCGCUCAACGAUCUGUACUGCGGCAUGAUCAUGAACCGUAGCUUUGUCCGAGGUACGAGUCGACACUUUGGUGCCAACAUCAGCGCCUCGUUGCCAAGCAUCAGCCUCGUGGCAUGGCAAGGCAUUGUCGUGCGUCCCGGGAUCACCAAGUCCUUUUACGAGACGAUCGGGCCGUACAUAUCGAUUGAUUGCAUGUACAUUGCACCGCCGCCUGCUCUUCUUUCAGCUCUCGACUUCUUUCAAAAGAUGCUGCGAACGGGGCUCGAAGCGCCGACCAACGAGACAGUUCGCUACACCAAGCAACUGCGCGACGUCAGCGUCCACCCGUGGCCACGGAGAUGGCGCAACCUUACAUUUCAUGGCGGCGACCCAUCCUGCACGUCGUCGACACCCUCGUCGUUUGUGCAAGAUCAAUUCGGGUUCUUCAACGACUGCACCCGUGUCGCGCGCUUCAAUCUUGCAUUGACUACGGCGCAUCUCAUGUGGGCGGCGUGGGUUACAGCGCGGCCUCCGCCAUCCUCCAUCUGUGCGUAUACGACGGCUUCGCAUUGCGCCACGUCCAUGGCGGCUGCCACGUCACUGCAAGCGAACCUCCCACCGAUACCCACCGCUUUGCUAUCGGCCAUACUUGCAGCGAUUGAUGCAGACACUCCACGUAUCAUGCAGUUUGCAUCAUCUGCCAACGGUACUAUGCAGCUCCUUACGCAGGCCCUUCUACCUCGAUCCGAGGACGAUGACGAUGACGAUGAUGCAUGGACCUUCUUUGGGUGGUGCUUCCUCUAUGACUGGGCGACUGGGGCGCGCGAAGUGGUCUCGUUCCGAGGCGAUGUGUCGUCCAUGACGCUUCUCUCGUCCGCGUACGAGAGCCAGGCAUAUGUAACUAGCGACGCGAGGCUUCAAGUCGCAACGAGCCAUCUCUAUUUUGUCGUGCUGGCCUCGUCCUCCGUCUUGGUGCUGCUCGGUUUUCUCUUGCUCGUGUAUGCGAUCCACUGCGGUCUUCGCCUCCAGAGUGGCAACGUCUUGAUGUUCAACCGGCUCGUCGGUGGCGUCUGGCUAGGCCGCGCGCUCAUGGCGUUUCGCGGCCUCACUGCACUCGUGCUCCAAAGCGCAUCGCAGCUGUCGCUACGCCGUCGCGACAGCCAUUCGUUCUUGGUGCUAUCACCGCGCUCCUGGCUCGACACGGCCAUCGUGGCCAGCGAAGCCACGUGGCUGAGCUACAGUCUGCACGAGUUCCUUCUCAUCGGCUGGCCGAACGCGGUCGCCGCGUACGGACCAUCCGCGAGCUAUGUGCUGUGGGUCGUUCUGUGUGCGAUCGAUGUCGCCGUGCCCGUUUUGCCGACGGCCGCAAUACAGCGAACGUGCGUGGGCAACGACAUGGACUACGGCCUUGUGUGCUCGGCUGGCAGCUUACGCGUUGGCAGCCUCGAGCGAUUUCUGCUCCUCCUCGCCCUCGAGCUCCUUGCGGCCAUUCUACCGGUGGUUCUAGGUCGACGGCGGCGGCGGCAAGCAUCGGCGGCGCAUCAAAGCCUCCUUCUCCCGGCGGUGGGUCAAGCCUUCUUGGUCCCGCUCUCGACUCACGACGCGACCAUCGCUGUUGAUAAAGCGAGUUGCGUGCUCCUCGGGCUGCUUCCGUUUCGCUGGUUUGGCGAGCGCUACGUGUUUGCGCUGCGCUCGUGGACACUCUUGCGCGACACGACGUCGAUCGGCCCAGCCGUACUGCUUGAAGGCCACGUACCAGACGCAGGUUCGACACGAAUGGUGGUCGCCGAGGACACGCCCGAGCCGACACGACUUCUGUACCGCGCUCGGCGGGUUGUCGCUGCCUUUGGGUUUCUCUACGUGGUCUCUUCGAUAGUAAGCUCGGUCUCGUUCCUGGAAGUCUCUCGCGUCAACUUGUCCAACGAUUUUUUCUGGCCCAACUUCAACGUCACCGGGCACCAUGCGUUUUUUGCCAACUGGCUCAACGAGCAGCUUGUGCUCCUCUUGAACAACCAGAACAUUGUUCUUGACGAUGCUAGUAUCAACCUCUUCAAGUCGUUUGCGACACCGACAGCGUAUGUGUCGACCGUCCACAACUAUGGUGCGUGGCUCCAGCACAAUGAGCUGAGUUCAAUCGAAGCAUCGAUUGCGGGCCUUCGCGUCUCGGAUGCAUGCAACGCGCCCUGGAUCUUUACACCGUACUGCUACCUCGACUGGAAGAAAACGUGGCCCAUGGCGUACUCGCACCAGCGCCAAAUGCGAUGUCAGAAGAUGGAGUCGAACGCUGCCGUGUACCUCGAGUCGGUGCUGCGCAACAUUGACUGGGCGACCUUUGAGUUUUGUUGGGGCAAUGCCUUUGAGACAGCAUUUGGUUUGGAUCUGCGGCAAUCGUCCGAAGGUGUGGAAUGGCUGCAUGCCGUAUCCACCGAGCGACUCUCACUACACGACGAAAUCACGCUGUGGGGUCAGCACAAUCUAUCAACCUUUCAAGUGCAGUGGCAAAACUACAAGCGCAUCGGCGCCAUCAACAGCUACGCGAUCGUCAACGCCUUUGGUAUUUCGUACCCCAUGACGCUCCUUCGCAUUGACGGCGGCUUUCGCAUCCAUCGGUCGACGUCGUACAAAAUGUACUGGUCGCUCGCCAACGAUUUGGACGCGAUCACGACCAAUGCCAGCCGCAUCGGCGGUAGAAGCCUUCUACGCACCAGCGCGCGCUUUGCCUUUCAAAACAGCUCGCUGCAAUCCGUGCUGAGCGACGCCAAGGUCCUGAACGUACCCCUGAGCGCCGGCCUCACGCUUCUGACGCAAGAGCUUGGACCAUUUGGGAUGAUCGAUAUGGUGUACGUGCCCGUGCCGGCGCUCGUCAGCGCGGCGAUCCGGGCGAUUCUGCAUGCCACGCGUGUCGUCAUUGCCAUGAAGGCGACCGCGCAAACCGACUUGCUCGACAUUGCGACCCUCAGUGCCUCGUACCCGAUCCCGCGCGUGUGGGGCGGUCCCAACUACGCUUCGUACGGCGGCUCGCCGCUCUGCGCCGAGUACUCCAACAGCCAACCGGUUGGCACGGCGGGCUUUUCAAGUCUUCCGUCGUUCGACUUGCCGUGCUCGUCGUCGUCGUCGGCCAUCGCCCGCAUCAUCCCGACGCGGCAGCACUACAUCACCUCGGCCGUGCUAUCCGGGGUAGGGUUCAAGAACGCGUCGCAGGUCGACGUGCCACGGCUUUGUGUCUACGAUGCCAACAACAAAGCUGCCUGUUCCGUGUACCUCAACAAAACCCGCACCUUUCUGCAACGGUACUUGACGUCCUUGGACGCCUCGGCGAUAGAAAUCGGAUCCGUGCACGCCUCUCUACUAGCGCUCGACAUUCAUUUCAUGCUGUACGCGCGUUUCAACAAGACGUCGCCUCUGACGCUCCUGCGUACACCGGUACUGGACUCGCAAGAUGCCGACUUUUGGUUUUUUGGCUACAUGUACCUCUACGACUGGGUUCUUGGCUAUCGAGAAGUGCUCUCCUUUCAAGGGGAUGCCGGACGGCUGACCUUGCUCUCGGACCUCCAGCCAGCCUUGCUCCAGCAGGUGCCGACGGACUUGGUGACGACCAACGCCGCCGUCUACUGCCGCCUUGCCGUCACGUAUGUCACGUGCGUCAUGCUUCUUGUCGCGACGCUAGCGAGUGGCUACCUCGUCCGCGCCAGGAACCGCGUCGAGGGCUUAAACAUGUUUGAGCUCUGCCGCGUCGGUGGUAUUGUCUGGGUCGGCCGACCGCUGCUGCUCCUUCGGAGUCUCACGGCAGUCGCCCUCCUCUCGACAGCGUCCAUCGACCUUGUCCGCGUCGGAGCGCUCUCCAUGUUUUACACCGUGGCCACGCCUUGGUACAAGGUCGCGUUGGCCGCCACCGAAGUCACGUGGCUCUCCGCGAUCGUGACGGAUAUUGGCUUGGUCGUGACGCAGACGUAUGCGAGCUACUACGUCACCCUCAACUCGACGCUCGUGUGGAUCUCGGUGGCGAUGCUAACCCUCGUCGCACCCGUCACGGCGCAAAUGACUUUGGCGCGGCAGUGCACGAUUGCCGACAUGGACUUUAAAGUGCGCUGCGAAAGCGGCGCCUUGGGCAUUGGAUCCGCGUCUCGGUUCCUCCAGCUCGUCCUACUGGUCGUUGUAUGGAAUGCAGUGAGUUUUCUCGCGGUGCGGCGGAUGGUGGGGCCGCCGCCGCUGCUCACCGUGCGCUCGCACCUCUUGUCGGCCAAUGCGAGGUAUCUGUACAACCACACGGCGCGAACGCUUGGCGACGUCUACUACUUGGACCGUGCGUCGGCGGCCAUCGAUGGCAUCCUCACGUUUCGCCGCAACGACGCGCUGCUUGCCCUCGACCUGAAGCUCUGGCGCGUCUUUAUGACACCCAUUGCAAAGACCCUUCCAGUUGGCCCUUGCUCCGACUUUGUGGAUGCCUACCCCAUCACCUACUAGACGAUGAUUCGUUGCAGUACUUGAACAAAUAGUAGAGAAUAGAAGAG